AUGACGAGAGAUCUGACCUUUGACGUCCGCUACGACGACGAAUACGUCCACGAGUAUUACGGCGAUGGAGCCAAGCUUGCCCAGCAGAUGCGGGAGAUCUACCACGACCAGAAUCUAGAAUUUCCCGACGCUUUCGACUCAACCAUGACUGUGCCGCCGGUCCAUUUCAUACAGGUCACGGCACAGGAUGACGUCGAUGUUGACGGAUUGAGGAAUAUCCAUGUGCCUCCUGGUUUGAACGUGGAGAUUUUGGAUUUCAGCAUGUGA